CGUCACAUAUAAUCGACCAUUUCGGCUGGCGCUUACCUAUGACGACGGUGACGUCAGGACUCGGAGAUGAUGGCUGAAUUACUAAUCGCCUAAAACACCCACAGCAGGACUAACGUGAUUUAACUGGACAGUGAAUGAGUGAAUGGAGCCAGACGUCCUGACGGAUCAACAGCCAGCAACUCGCGCUUCAUUGGACGAUGACAUCGAGGAGGCGGGAUCAGACAAGGAAGAGUUCCGGGGAUUCUCUCCUGGCCUCGUCGCUUCCGCUAUUCCGGCGUCCCAACUCAAGUGCAACUUUCUUCCGCCUGGAGGGCCGCUUUUGCCCCUUACUAACGGGUUCUGCCACGGCCCUGAGGAGGAGGCCGGAUUUGCCGAUUUCGCCGUAUUUGCGGAGCAGACGACCCACCCGUGGUGUUGCGGCUUCUCGGGUGCUACGACACCCUCGAUUGGGCUGAGGGAAGCACGAGACAUCAUCAUGGACUCCAAACCCGCAUCAUCCCACCGCCGCCUCCAUCUCAGGACUCAGAAUGUUCCUCAAAUGCCCCCCACCUCUGAUGAUCAGGACUCCCUCUUGUUGGAAGAGCCGUCCGAGGGCACGGAACCCAACGUGUCCUCGCUUACCUCCUACGGGGAUCACACCGAUGACGACGAUGAUGAUCGCAUGGUAGAGGAUAUGUGUGCUGCAUCUCAGGAAACAUGUCCUACCUCCAAGCAGUCCUCGCAAUUCCUUCCCGACAACUCCCGGGGUCCGCCGAGUCUUCCACCGAGUGAAAGUUUUGCAGACUUCUGCUCAGCCGCUACGCAGCAAGAUGGCGGUGAAAAGUGGGCUGACUUUAAAGACCAGAGCAACCACACGCAACAACUCCUCCAGGUGUCUUUUCCUGAGACUGUGGGCAAGGAAGAGGAAGAGGAAGAGGAGGUGCCCAGGUUGGAAGCACUGCUUCAUCCUCAACGUCAUCCUGUCUGUGAGGAAGACACAUUUGAUCGUGCCCGGACUGUCUUGUGGCUCCCUCACCAGGACGUCCACUGCGCCGCAGGCCUGAAGUUCCGAUGGGGCGGUUCCCACGCCAACAGGACUCUGCUCAGGUGUCUCGGUGUGGUUUCCGGGAACAUGGAGUCCAGGAAGGACUGUUAUCUGGGGCACACAGUAACCACCUACAAAACCCAAACACUCAAUCAACUCAAUGCUGCAAAGGAGAAGCCCAGGCCUUAAGAGUUCUCAGGUGGUCCUCCUUCUCUUCUCGCUGUGUUCCGUCCCUGCAAGCAGAGGUUGGGGAAAGUUGUCAUGGUAACGCUGUGCACAGUGUGAAAUGACUAGGAUUUGCACUUUUUUUUUUCUUUAUCUUUCCUGGGACCUGGGACUGAUCCUAUGAAUGAAUUUAUUUAAAAGAAACCACACGACUGUGACAGGACUUAAUGCAAACUCCAAAAUGGUGCGACUCAACUUUAUCAGGUUCACGCGUCUGUAUUUGUUUAUGUCCUAUUUAUUCAUCAUUCCCUGACCACUGAAGCGUUAACUUUACAAGCAUGUUAACUCUAACUUCUUAGUGUGCUGUCAUAAAAAUGUUUCUUCUUGUUGUAAAUAUGAUCUCCAUCCAUUCAUCCAUUCUCCUUGUUAAUUUGUGCAUUUUAUAUUUGCAUCCCAAAAACAAUUUUUGGACCUAUUUUUCCUUGACAAAUGGUUUUUUUCCCCCAAGUCUUCAGGGUUACUGCUUGAAUCAAAACGGAAUGCAAUAAAGAUAUGUAAUGCAAAAGUGUAAAUACUGAAAUAAAUCAGAUGAUACUACCGAA